CGGGCCGGGGGCGGUGCUGAGCCGAGCUGAGCCGAGCCAUGGCGGCGGCCGCCUACGAGCUGCUGGUGCUGGGAGGUGGCUCGGGCGGGCUGGCCGGGGCUCGCCGGGCCGCAGAGCUGGGUGCCCGCGUCGCCCUGGUGGAGCCGCGCCGCCUGGGGGGCACCUGCGUCAAUGUUGGAUGUGUGCCGAAAAAGGUGAUGUGGAACGCCGCCGUGCACGCCGAGUUCAUCCACGACCACCCCGAUUACGGCUUCGAGACGUCCGGCGUCAGGUUUAACUGGAGAACCAUUAAAGAGAAGCGCGAUGCUUACGUGAGACGCCUGAACGAGAUCUAUGAAAAUAACUUAAACAAGGCUCGCAUUGACAUCAUCCACGGCUAUGGCAAGUUCACCGCCGAUCCAGAGCCCACCAUCGAAGUCAACGGUAAAAAGUACACAGCUCCUCACAUCCUCAUCGCGACGGGCGGGUUCCCGUCGGUCCCCCCGGACAGUGAGGUUCCCGGAGCCAGCCUGGGCAUAACCAGCGAUGGGUUCUUCGAGCUGGAGGAGCUGCCCAGGCGCAGCGUGAUCGUUGGCGCAGGGUACAUCGCGGUGGAAAUCGCGGGGAUCCUUUCCACGCUGGGAUCCAAGUCCUCCUUGCUGAUCCGUCGGGAUAAGGUCCUAAGGACGUUUGACUCGCUGAUCAGCACAAACUGCACGCAGGAGCUGGAGAACACCGGGGUCGAUGUCUGGAAGUACUCACGGGUCCAGUCUGUCACCAAGUCCCCCAGUGGCUUGCUGGAGGUGACGGUGACGUCCUCAGCGCCUGGCCACAAGCCAACGAUGGAGGUGAUCCGGGAUGUGGACUGCCUUCUGUGGGCCGUCGGGCGGGAGCCAAACUCAAAGGACCUGUGCCUGGAUCGUGUGGGCGUGGAGGUGGAUGCUCGGGGCCAUGUGGUGGUGGACAAGUUCCAGAACACCUCCAGGAAGGGGGUCUAUGCUGUUGGAGAUGUCUGCGGCAGAGCCCUCCUCACCCCAGUGGCCAUCGCGGCUGGGAGGAAGCUGGCACUCCGGCUCUUUGGGGGCCAGCGGGAUGCCCAUCUGGACUACAGCAACAUCCCCACUGUUGUCUUCAGCCACCCACCCAUUGGGACCGUGGGCCUCACCGAAGAUGAAGCCAUCUUUGCACAUGGGAAGGACAAUGUGAAGAUCUACACCACGUCCUUCACCCCCUUGUACCACGCAGUCACCCAGAGGAAGGUGAAGUGCGUGAUGAAGCUGGUGUGUGCUGGCAAGGAGGAGAAGGUGGUGGGGCUGCACAUGCAAGGCCUGGGCUGUGAUGAAAUGCUGCAGGGCUUCGCCGUGGCCAUCAAAAUGGGAGCCACCAAGGCCGACUUUGACAACACGGUUGCCAUUCACCCUACUUCAGCAGAAGAGCUGGUGACGAUGCGCUGAAUCAUGGGAUGGACUGGUGGCAGCUGAGGCAAAGGAGCCAGCUGCCACCUCUUGGCACUACCUCCUCUAUGCAAACCAAUUACAUGAGCAAAUGUCAUCUCCUUCUCAGAGAAAUUUUCCUGGGUAGUAGGGAAAUUUUUUUUCAUGUCUUAAAAAUUGCCUAAAUAUCAGCCAGGUGCUCAGAGAGCCCUGCAUCAGUAGAAUCAGCGUGGCAUGAUUUAAAGUGGAAAAUAAAUGCAGUGAUGCUGGAAA